GUCGAAUGACUCGGUGCAACGUGUUGGUGGCGGCGGCGGGGCUCUUCCGGGCGCCACAGCUUCCUGCCAGACACCGCGCAGCCGCCUGGACUGCGGGAAUCGGGGUGCAGGCCUCGCGCGGGUGCGGGACCUGGGGCUCCCUGCGCGCCCUGCUGCCCUGGGCUGCCCGCCCGCCUGCACCAUGCGCGCCGCGUUGUUCCCGCCGCCGCUGCUGCCCGCGCUGCUGGCGCUCCUGGCGCUCCUGGCGCUCCUGGCCGCGCCCGCAGCCCGCGCCAGUAGAGCCGAGUCCGCACCGCCCGCGCAGCAACCCGCGCCGGACCUCCCGCGGCCCGACCCCGCGCCCGCCAACGUCACCCGCGGGGCAGCGGGCGGCGGCGGCUCCAACAGCAGCGGGGAAGCACUUGUGACUCGCCUUUCCAGCCUGCUCCGCGAUCUGCCCACCCUGAAGGCGGCGGUGAUCGUGGCGUGCGUCUUCACUGCGCUGCUCAUCGCCUGCCUGGUGCUGCGCGUCUUCAGGUCAGGACGGAGGUUGAAGAAGACACGCAAGUAUGACAUCAUCACCACACCAGCUGAGCGUGUAGAAAUGGCUCCACUGAAUGAAGAGGAUGAUGAGGAUGAGGAUGCCACAGUGUUUGACAUCAAGUACAGGUAAAACCUGUUUUCUGCUGUGUUUGCAUCCUGUGAAAAGUCAGUCAGCAAUGCCUGGGGAGGGAAGAAUCUGAAAGCCAUCUUGUCCAAGAUGUUGAAACCCAAUCAAACAUUAUUUAUGGAACUUUGGUAUGAUGGUGUGUGUCCAACGUCCGUCUGCUCAGAAUGUCAUCGAAGGAAAGUCACCUCUUCCACCUCCGGAUAUUCCUCUCAGAUGUCAUCUCUUCUGGCCUGAUGGCCACCAAAUAGUAAUUUUAAAGCAACUGUUGACAAAAGUGAAAGAGUUGAGUAGUUAUCAAGAGCCUAAAAAAAAUACACAAAGGGUGUUCAGCUAUAUGUUUAGAGUUUCUGACAUCUGCUGCUCCCAUGUUCUGGACAGCUCUGUGGGGAGGGGUCUGCUGGGCUCUCUCAAGCUCUGGCCUUACUAAUUUGGGGAUGAUCAGGUGAAAGCUCAAAGGGAAAAAUGCCCCAACAGAAGUCUUCAGGUGUUGGUGACACUUUCUCUUUCCUCUUUAAAAAGAGAUUAGCCGGUCCAGGCAUGGCUAGUUCACAAAGAAUUUUGAGUAUCAGGACAAGCCCUAUGUGAGUGAGUGAGUGAGUGAGUGAGUGAGUGAGUGAGUGAGUGAGUGAGUGUGAGUGUGUGUGUGUGUGUGUGUGUGUGUGUGUGUGUGUGUGUGUGUGUAUUACUCUUUCUCUAAAGAGGAGGAAGCAGGCACUAGAUUGUCUGUGGCUAGUAACAUCCUUUGUGUGUUUCUCUGCCCUGUUAUGGCUCCAACAUUGUUGGUCCCAGAAAUACAAUUUGGAAAAGCCACUGUUGUGAUGUGAAUGACUGGUGAUUUGGCCGAAGACAGCAGACAGGGACUGUACUGGACAGUCUGGUCUGGAAGCUGGUCUGGACUAGGGUGACUUAGGAAGCCACCUGACCCUGGAAGGACUGUAGGAAGGCCCCUUCCACACAUGUGUGUGUGGAGGAUGGGUGGUGGGUGGGAGUAGGCUUAUCCCAGAGCUUAUGUGAAACUGACUUCUCAUGUCAAUUUCCCAUUCCUCGGAGCUCCCUAACCCCCCUCCCCCAGGAUCAGUGUUAUUUCCUGCAAUCAAUAUACUUCUGUUAAAACCUAUUAACAGUGCCUUUGGGGUUCUGGUACUGCUUUCUCUAGAAAGAUCUACAGAAUUCCCUUUCCUUUCUGGCAUUGAUUGACCUCUGCCUAUCUGCUGUUCUGCUUAGUGGCUAGGAGGAAGAUACUAGCUCUCUCUAUUCACCUCUGCUUCCAGAUUUUCCAGUUUCCUGUGGACUGUCUGGGUGGGAGAAGGGAUUUGAUGUUGUGAGGUCCCUCUCUCUUCAGGCAAGGAUGUCCUGUGGCCUGGCCUGUUAGAGAGGUACCCUGACCUCUACAGGAAAGGGGCCACUCCUGGAGAGACCUCUGAGAAGAGCACAGUGUGUGGAGUGUUCUGCCUCUGGCUUCCUGAACCUCACUUUCUUUGUUGACUUUUUCUUCCUCUUCUCCAUCUUGUUUGCCUGAGGAGGGACAGUUUUAUCCCUUGCUCCCCACUGUGUGCCCUGGAACUGGAGGGGUCACUCACACCAGCCGCCAGCCUCUACCCGGAAGCCCCAGAUCUUCUGGACCUCUGCAUGGGAAGCCUUUCACACACCCACCUGCACACUGCAGCUGGGGCUCCUGUGGAAAAACCAGGCUCUUCUGCCUCAUUGUACCCACCUGGGCUGGGCUCAUUGGCCAGGUGCUCCCCACAGGGCAAAGCAGAAACGGCACUAGGUGUCUUCUAAUUCUGGAUCUUCAGCACUCUGGACUCUUAAAUAAAACACACUUUCAUGGUGA